AUGUCCUCGUUGCUGAAGCCGUUUUCGGUGUGUGAAAGGCCGUGCGAGAGUGGCGGUGUCCGGCGAGGAUGCCCGAGCUCAGACCUCCAUCCGCAGCCUCCAUCGCAGCGUCUGACCGCCGCUGCCGUCGCGGCGGGGCUGGGCUCUCUACCGGCUCACCAGCGGCUAUACGCGGCCAGAAGGAACCUGGCGGCUGCCGCAGUCGGAGGAAGGAAAAUCACGCAUCCUGGAAAGGCCAUCCUUGCAGGUGGCAUUGCAGGAGGAAUAGAGAUCUGUAUCACCUUCCCCACAGAGUAUGUCAAGACUCAGCUGCAGCUAGACGAGAGAGCCAAUCCACCACGAUACAGAGGGAUUGGUGACUGUGUGAAACUGACCGUGCAGGAUCAUGGGCUCAGAGGGUUGUAUCGAGGUCUCAGCUCCCUGCUUUACGGAUCAAUACCCAAGUCUGCAGUAAGAUUUGGCACAUUUGAAAUGCUCAGCAACCCCAUGCGGGAUGCCACGGGUCGGCUUGACAACACGCGGAGCCUCUUGUGUGGUUUAGGAGCGGGUAUAGCAGAGGCCAUCGUGGUUGUCUGCCCUAUGGAAACGCUAAAGGUGAAGAUGAUCCAUGACCAGUGUUCCCUCAGACCUCGUUACAGAGGCUUCUUUCAUGGAGUCAGUGAGAUCAUCAGAGAACAGGGUGUCAGAGGGACAUAUCAAGGUCUGACAGCAACUGUGCUUAAACAAGGAACCAAUCAGGCCAUCCGGUUCUAUGUGAUGAAUGCGCUGCGCAACUGGUACAAAGGUGAUGAUCCCCGAAAAGAAAUGCAUCCGAUCGUCACUGCGAUGUUUGGAGCUACAGCAGGAGCAGCAAGUGUUUUUGGAAAUACUCCUCUGGAUGUGGUGAAGACCAGGAUGCAGGGUUUGGAGGCUCACCGCUACAAAAACACAGUGGACUGUGCCUUCCAGAUCUUGAAGCACGAAGGACCACAGGCGUUCUACAAAGGUACCGUUCCCAGGCUUGGCCGUGUGUGCUUGGACGUGGCCAUCGUAUUCGUCAUUUAUGAGGAGGUGGUCAAACUACUCAACGGUGUAUGGAAGACUCAGUAGAGACAGACGGUGAAAGCGGUCCAGAGGGAAGUACAGACCAGUGCCUCAUGCUACGCACAACUGAACACCUCUACUCUCGUUCAUAGCUCUCUGCAUCGCCUUGAGCUGACAACUCUUGAUGUUGACCAGUUUCCACUCUGCUACACAAAUGAUUUGCAG